UGAAUAAUGUUAAAAAUGUUAAAUUUACGAUCAUUAUCAUUACGGAUAUCACGAAUAUCUAAACGACGACGAUGUCGUCUACGAUUUAAUGAUUAUUAUUGUAAUAAUCAUUUAUCGAUUCAUCAAAAUAUUGGCCUUAAUUUAUCAUUAUCAUCAAUAUUAUUAUCAUUAUUAUUAUUAUUAUCAUUUAUCAAUCAAAUUGUUUGUAAAACAUCGACAACGACAACAACAACAACAACAUCGGAUGAAUGGAUUGAAUUUGAAGCAGCAUUUCAAGGUGAAUGUCAUAAAUCAAAUCCAUGUCAACAAUUAUGUUUCGAUCUAAAUGAUGGAACAUUUGAAUGUGCCUGUCAAGAUGGUUAUCAUUUACAUUUGAAUGGCUAUUCAUGUAUAGCAUUGAUUGAUUUAACAAAAAAUCAUACAUUUCAAUUAUUUUCAUCAUUAUCAACAACAUUGAAAAAAAUUGAAUCUUCCAAAACUAAAGCAUUAUCAUCAUCUUCAUUAUCAACGACAACGACGACGACAACUCCAACAACGAUCAUACCUCAAUCAUAUCAAAUCAAUCCAAUUAGUAAAUCUUCCAUUGAUAAUAUUAUUGAUCCAUCAUCAUUAUAUUCAUGUGAUGAUAUUGAAUGUGAAGCAGGUGGUGUAUGUAUUGAAAAUAUUAUUUCAACAAAAAAUCAAAAAUCAUCGAUUCGAAUAAAUAAUGAUGAUGAUGAUGAUCAACAUAAUCAUCAUUAUUCUCAACAACAAAAUCAACAUCCAAGAGUUCGAUGUAAAUGUCCUUUGGGAAGAGGUGGACAAUUUUGUGAAAAAAUAAUCGAAGUAAAGCAACCACAUUUCAUGGGAUCUUCAUAUCUAGCAUUGCCUACACUGCGUAAUGCUCAUCGAUCAUUAAAAAUCAAUAUUGAAUUCAAACCGGAAUCCUAUGAUGGUGUUUUAUUAUACAGUGGUCAAGAAACUAAUCUUGAUGGUGAUUUUAUAGCUAUCAUAAUUACGCAAGGAUUCAUUGAAUUUCGUUUCGAUUGCGGCAUGGGUGAAGGAAUAAUCCGUAGUGACAUGCCUAUCAUAUUAAAUUCAUGGAAUACAAUCAAUAUAUUUCGUGAUGGCCGUAAUGCAUGGAUGCAAUUGAAUCAAGGACAGCAAAUUUUUGGCCAUUCAAAGGGAUUAUUUUCAAGGAUUACAUUUCGUUUGGAAACAUUUCUUGGUGGAUCACCAAAUAUAUCACAGAUUAGGAAUCGUAUCAAUGUGAAUAAAGGAUUGAUUGGCUGUGUACGACAAUUAAUGAUUAAUGAUCGUCAAUAUGAUCUUUAUAAUGAUACUAUUGAUGGUAUCGAUAUUGAUCAAUGUAAUUCGGAUGCCUGUAAUCAUGUCACCUGCCUGAAUGGUGGUCAUUGUACAGUUAAUGAUAAUAAUGAUAAACAAUGUAUUUGUCCAUUAGGAUAUACGGGUGAAUUUUGUGAACAACAAAUUGAAUUUUCAAUGCCAUCAUUUAAUGGAUCAUCACAUUUACAAUUUAUCGGUUUUGGUGAUCAGGAAACAAUGUUUAGUGAAAUUUUAAUCAUUAUCAAACCAUAUGAACAGAAUGGUCUUUUUCUUUAUAAUGGUGAAAGAAUGGAUAAAACGGGUGAUUUUAUUUCAUUAAAUCUAGUCGAUGGUUUUGUUGAAUUUCGUUUUGAUCUUGGUUCCGGUGCUGCCAUAUUAAGGAGUCCCGAGAAAAUAUCGAUGAAAGAAUGGCAUACAAUUUAUGCAACGCGUACAGGCCGUGAAGGUCUAUUACGAGUGGAUGAUCAACCUGUCGCCCAUGGGCAAUCGUUAGGUGCAUUUACACAGCUAACACUUCCAUUAAAUCUUUAUAUUGGUGGUGUAACAAGCCUAAAUGCUAUACAUCAUAAUGUUGGAGCUAAUCGAUUAUAUCAUGGCUGUAUACAAAAAGUUAUAAUUAAUGGUCAUCAAUUAUCAUUAUUGGAAGAUGUACUUUCCGGUGUCAAUAUUGAUAAUUGUCAACAUACAUGUCAUAUGAUUAGACCAUGUCAAAAUAAUGGACAUUGUGAACCAAUUAAACAUCAUUAUCAUUGUCAUUGUUCAACUAAUUUAAAUUAUAUUGGACAACAUUGUGAAACUAAACUCAAUACAGGGUCAGAAUUAUCAUCAUCAUCAUCAUCAUCAUCAUCACCACAAUCAUCAUAUCCAAUGUUCUAUGGUAAUAGUUUUCUUCGUUAUUCCAAUCCUAUCAUAUUGGAUCGAAUACGUGGUUUCAAAACAAUCAUUCAUCUGAAUCUUCGGGCUUUUAGUUCAAGCGGUCUGAUUCUUUGGUUUGGUGAAUCAUCAUUACAUAGAAAUCGUGAUUAUUUAACCAUCGGCUUAAACGAUGGUCUUAUUAAUGUUGAUAUAAAACUUAGUGUUAAUAAACAUGGUCAUAAUUAUUAUUCAAAAAGAUUUAUUGCUAAUCAUACACGUAUCGAUGAUGGACAAUGGCAUCGAUUAGAUUUUAUACGUAUUGGACGACAGAUACUUAUUCAUAUCGAUGACAAUAUUACCGUACGUGGCCUGAUUAAUGGUGAACAUAAUCAGCUUAAUGCUCAAAGUGCACUUUAUCUUGGUGGACUAGAAAAUUUGACAAUGAAUAUAGGUGAUGAUUAUUAUUAUGAAAAAGGAUUCAUUGGUUGUAUAUCAAACAUGACUAUCGAUGAAAAUUACAACAUUAAUCUUAUGUCCGAUUCAGAUCGUGGUGUUAACAUACGAACUUGUAUAUGAUGAUCAUCAUUAAUUUCCACUACAAUAAACUAAAACUGUGAUAAUGCAAAACAUCAAAGCAAAACAAAACAAAACAAAUGAAUAUCAUAAUCACAAACUUAAUCUGUAUUUUCAAAAAAAAAUCCACAAUUCUGAAUUAUUAUUAUAAAACCAAAAAACAAAAAAAAUUAUCAUUACAAUGUAC